GGAAGGUAAAUAAUAUUUAAUUAGGAUAAAAAUGGAAGAGUCACUACAAGACUUAAUUGUUAGUAUUCCUCCUCCUUAUGUUACUGCUAAAUGUUGGGGAGUUCUUGAUGGAGAUGAUGGCUCCCUCCUAUUUGGCAGAAAUGAACACGUUCCACGUGAAAUGGCUAGUAUAACUAAGGUCAUGACAUCCUACCUAGUGUAUAGAAUAAUGAAGAGAUUCAAAAUAAAUCCUAAGAAGGAGAUGGUUACCGUUUCUAAAUAUGCUAGUGGUAUCAAUGGAACCUCUGCUAGGCUUAGGGAAGGAGAUAUCUUAUGCGUUUAUGAUCUCUUACACGGAGUCAUGCUCCCUAGUGGUAACGAUGCAGCAACUGCUCUUGCAGAGCAUUUCGCUGAGAUCAUUAAGGAAGAUCGGGAGAAGCAGGCAGUAAACUCACGCAAUCCUCGGCUUGCCAAACAAAACUCUAAAGGAGAAUGGGAAUUUAAUAAGAUGAUAUAUGGAAAUUCUGGUAUAGAUACAAAGAAAACUCCUAAAUCAAGGAACUUGGUUAAACUGUUUGUUGAGGAAAUGAACAAAACUGCAACUUUACUGGAGAUGCAUAAUACAUCAUACUCUAAUCCUCACGGUAUGUGAGUUCUCGGUAACAGCUCCACAAUUUCUGAUAUUGGGAUAUAAUUUCUUCACAAGCAAUGAAGAUCAGCUUGAUCAGACAUAUUGUGAAGAAGAAAAAGUUCAUGUGCGAAGGAACUAAUUCUAAGGGUCUAUCUAGGAGUCAUAAAUGGUCUAAUACGAAUAAGAUGAUCAAUAAAGAUCCUAGUUAUAAUGGCCUUAAGACUGGAACAACCCGUUCUGCAGGAGCUUGUUUGACUGCUAACUUCGAAACAGAUUGCUUGAAUCUUAUCGUGAUCACCCUCAACAGCUCGAAUGAUGCCUGCAGAUGGCAAGACACUGCAAAAUUGAAAGAUUGGGCAGUAGAUAGGCUAAACUCAGUUGAACAGUAUCUAGAAUCCGUAAAGAUGAAAGAAGAGAGAGGUGAAUAAUCUCGUAAUUCUUUUAUCGACUUUCUUUUCAAAAUUUUCUU